AUGGCUACACACGAAAAAUCAAACACCAUUUACUAUGGACGCAGUUGCCAACGCGGGAAAUCGGACAACGGCGAUGUCUGUAUCAAUGGCGAUGCUUCCUCUCAAGAGCUUGUUUCCAUAACUCCUUUACAUCUUCACGUCUCACUACAAGCAUCCAUCAUCAUGACAAGUGUUAUUCUCCGGGAAAGAAGUCAAGAAUCUUCAAAUCUUCAUACUCAUGACACAUUCAAGGAGGAAGACGAUGAAUUUGCUGCUACUUUAAGGAAAGCAGAAUCACUCGAUUAUAACAACUGCAUGUGGUUAUCUUCAGACGUUAAAAUAGACGCGUGGUUUAUCUCUUUAUUAUCAUCAAAAUCCCGUGAUAUAUUAAGCACAAAAGCUACAUUCUUCGAUGGAUCCAUAGCAAAUCCUAUAGAAGAAGCAUCUUUAGUUCUUGAUCAAAGAAAAGAAUUCGAGUUUUUUCAUGAGAAUUUAGAAGAAAAAGAAGUGGUUUCAUGGCUAGCAAAUGAUGAAUCCUCUAGUGUUUCUUCAAUUACUGAUACCACUGAUCAUGAUCAUGAUCAUGAUCAUGAUCAUGAGCAUGAGCACUCGUUUUCUUCAUGUUCAAGCUCUGAAUACUCUUCAGAAGUUGUGGAUAUGGAAGAAAUUGGUACAAAUAAACCACUUUUUUGGCCUUCUGAUUGGACAUCUGAUUGGGAUUCAGAAACCAAAUGUGAUUUAUUUAUCAUGUCACCUCGUAAGAACAUGUAUAAGUUGGAUUCAGAAAAAGGCUGCAAUAGAAUGCUUUUAUUCGACACACACCAAAAAUCUUCCACUAAAUUCGAUCUAAAAAACACAAUGAAAAACAAGCCUUCAAGAUUUAGAAAACCCACAAAAACUAGUACUAAAAUUGUACCUCUUGAUGAUGAGAUUGAUUUUGGAAGGCUAACAGAAGCUAAAGUUGUAAAUGAAAGUGGGCCCAUGGACACAAAGACUAAAACUAAAACACCGGGUCUUAAUGAUGAUUUGAGACUCCAAGUUCUUAAUGGAAAAAAGGAUUUAGACAAAGGUUGUAGUAGAAAGCUUGAGUUUAGCAUAGGUGAUGAGGAUGAUGAUACAUCAGAGGUAGUAGAAGUCAAACCGUUGACCAUGAAAUCUGUAAGGAAGCAUAGAAUAGUAUUGGAAGAUCUUUUGUUAGUGGAUAAGUUAAAUGUAGAGGGUGCUAUUGAAGAAGCAUUGGGGCUUGAUGAAUUUGAUGGGCUUGAGGGUCUAGGAUCUGAAUUCAACAAAGAUGGGUUUUCGCUCAUUGAGAAUUUUUAA